ACGUCCACCCGCGGCAAUGAGAGGCGGAAGGAAGUUGCAAGGAGCGAAGCGAAAUUUAGGCAAGGAAUUGAUAAAGAAAAAGCCCACAUCCCUUUACUCCUUCCAACUCCCACUCCUUUUUUUCUCGAGCCAAACCGGGUUGUUCCAAGGCGUCCACAGUGCUACAAGCGUGUGUCUUCUUUUUAUGGAGGAGAGAGGGGAGGAAAUGGAGGAGGGUAGUUUGAUUGCGAUGUUGGGCUGCUCGGGAGAGGAAGAGGGGUACCUUUUUGGGCCACUCUCUUCUAUAUCUCCUCCUCCUCCUCCUCCUACGACGGCUUAUAUGCUCUAUUUCGGUGGGCAAGAGGAGGACGCUGUUCCCUUUCAUGGGGUUGCCCAGAAAUCAAGUGAUUCUUUUCUGUCCUCCCUCUCCUCUUCUCCUUCUUCUACCACUACCCCUGCUACCGUCAUCAGCUCUAAGUCAUCAAAGAAAAAAGUUGGGACUAGUGGAGGUGGAGGAAGGAGGACAACCACAGCUAGUAACUCUACUGCCGACACUUCUGUCACGAGUAAGAAGCUUAAGACUGAGGGUUCCCCUAGCCACGGCUCAAUCAAGGUGAGGAAGGAGAAGCUAGGAGAGAGAAUUAUAGCAUUGCAGCAAUUGGUUUCACCAUUUGGCAAGUCGGAUACGGCCUCGGUUCUACACGAAUCCCUUGGUUACAUCCGGUUCCUCCACGAGCAAGUCCAGGUUCUGAGCUCUCCUUACCUGCGACGGCUGCCAUCCUCUGCCCACCUGCAUGAGGGGAGAGGGGUGGAGGCGAGGACAAAUGAUCUAAGGAGCCGAGGGCUGUGCCUAGUCCCAGUGUCAUGCACGGAACACGUGGCAAACAGCAACCGCGUUGAUUUGUGGUUCCCAGCCAUGGGUUGCUCCAACUCUUCCUCUUCCUCUUCCUCUUCCUCUACCAAGCAUUAGGCCACUCUUAAUUUCUUCUCUUCCAAGCGUUCCUUCUUGGGUUCAGUGACUGUUUCUUGUGUUCUUUUCUUUUCUUGUGUCCUCACUCUUGGGGCUCAACUCCCGGCCUUGGGCUGCUGCUUCCUUGUUUUUUUGUGUCAGGGAACAGUUACAGAAGAAAAGAAAGUUCAUCUAUCAAGAAAACAAAAAGAAAGGAAAGAAAGUUUAUAGGAGAAUAGAAGGGAAUACGGAGGGGUAUACAAAGGACCAUCCCUGAACAUUAUAUAUAUAUAUAUAUAUAUAUAUAUAUAUAUGCUAUGGUUCUGUAGCAAAGGGCAUGUUAACACUCGGAAGAAGCGAAGCAUUGUUGUUUUUGUGGGGUUUACUCUAUCAUAAGUGUGUGUGUGUGUGUGUGUAUCUUUUAAUGCAUGCUUUGGAAUUAAAUGGAUUUUGAUUACAAUAAGUACAUGCAUUUGUUCCUCGCUCUUUUUCAAAGUUAGAAAAUAAAGGGACUCAAGUUUAUCA